ACAGAUUCCACAUUAUUUGACCUUGACAGCCAGGCAAGCGACAUUAGAGAUUCUGACUUCUGGACUGAUGUUGUGGAAGACUUUGAUGUUCCAGACUUCGUCGAUACUUCAGGUCCCACUCAUCAGCUCUCUUCGGAUGCAAAUCCUCUGUUAUAUUUCCUGCUCUUGUUUCCCUUGAGUCUGGUACAGGUACUUGUGGACAACACCAAUUCGUAUGCUGCUCAGAGUGGAGCCCAGGGUUGGACCGAUACCACCAUCGACGAGAUGAAGGCAUUCCUCGGAUUACAAAUUCUGAUGGGGAUUAUUCAGCUUCCCAGAUACACUAUGUAUUGGUCAUCUGAUAAGUUUAUCGAUGUUGAGCUGACCAAUGUCUUCAAACCUUUACCAUGAAACAACUCGGAUCAUAAACUUUUUCUUAAUAUUGAGGAAUAUGUUGAAUAUAAAAUGAAACUUAAUUACACCUGCUUAGUGCUCUUCUGGAAUUGGCAGUGUAACAUUGGUUUUCAAGAAACGCUGAGUUUGAAAAGAUUUGAAAAGCUCACUCGGUAUUUCCAUCUAAAUGAUAAUACUACUCAGGGAGCCAGAGGAACACCUGAAUUUGACAGAUUACACAAAAUAAGACCUGUACUUGAUGAGACAAGAAGGGCAUUUCGGAGUCAGAUGAAUCCACCUAAGCAGCAGGCUAUUGAUGAGGGCAUGGUUAAGUACAAAGGGAGAUUUUUUGCAAGACAAUACAUGCCAAAUAAACCGGUCAAGAGAGGUUUUAAGAUAUUCAUGAGAUGUGAUGAGGAUGGUUACUGCUAUGAUUAUUGGCCGUAUAUGGGAAAACAUGACUUUUUUCAUGGAAAGUCACUAGGAGAAAGAGUCGUCAAACACUUGUGUAGACCAUUGAAAUACAAAGGCCAUCAUGUGUUCUUUGACAGGUUCUUUACAUCCAUUUCCUUGGUGCGAACCUUGCUUCAGAAUGGGAUUUUUAGUUGUGGGACAAUAAAGAGCGACUCAGAAGGGUUUCCGCCAGAGUUAAGAAAUCCGGAUUUAAGGAGAGGGGAGACAUUACAGAUGCAGCACGACCAAUUGCUUGCCACUGCUUGGAAAGAUAAGAAAACGGUACAUAUUUUGAGCACUAAUUGUAGUCCAUUUGGAGAUGGUCCAGUUGUCCGUCGAACUCGUGGUGGAAAUUUUGUUGAGGUUAUGUGUCCUCCACCAGUAUCUUCCUAUCAACGUUAUAUGAGUGGAGUCGACAGAUGCAUGCAACACCGCGCAAAGAAUCCUGUUGGCAGACCAUCCAAAAAAUACUGGAAGUUUUUCUUCAACUUUAUUAUGGAAGUUUGCCUUAUAAAUGCAUUUGAGAUUUUUUCCAGAACACCUGGUAAGGAUCUUCCUACCAAAACAAGGUUUGACCUGCUGGAUUUCAGGAUGGAGGUGGCUCAGCAACUUAUUGGAGGCUUCAGAGGAAGAAAGCGGGGCCAUCAUUUACAGGGUAUUCUUGACCCCCUCAUGUUUUCUGCCAUCUGGAUCGCCUAAAGUCAACAUGCAAAUGGUGUACCAAACACAGAGAAAAGAAAAGAAAGGAGACAGUUUAUGGUUGUAAAGGGUGUAACAAACACUUGUGUAGUGAACGAUGUUUCAGGGAAUUUCAUUCUGAUGUUAAUCUCUAAGAUCAAUUUGUUACAUAAGUCACAUAAUCAUGCUUGGAAAAUCUGUAUGAGAUGUCACUUGCAGGAAUACAUAAAACAUAGGAUUACUGUACAUCACAAUGACUCAAAGAUCAAGGUUAAUAUUCCUUAAUUUUACGCAUUAUAUUUCAAAAUUUGAAUACCAUGUAUAGAGGCAUAUCAAAUCUUCUAAAUGUUAUUUUGGAAGCUAAGAUUUUAUUUUGUAAAUCUCCUUAAGUUUGUAAGUUAAGAAUGAUGUUGUCUACUCAAAGAUGUAAUUUUUUUUCAAUUAUGCAACAUUGUGCUAUGUCAUAGAUCAAAGUUC